AUGCUGCGGUCUUUUGCUGGCCGCGUAGGGCUCCUGGCCCGGUUGCGGCCCGCUGCUGAGGCGGCGGGCCGUGAUACUGGUGCCUGUGCUGCGGUCUCGGGCUGGAGGCUCUUCUCCACGAGUUUCGUGGACAAGAAGGAGGCGGCAGACAGGAUCAUCGAGGUGGUGAAGAACUUCGACAAGGUGGACCCGGCCAAGGUGGAGGCGUCGUCGCACUUCGCGCGCGACCUAGGCCUCGACUCCCUCGACACAACCGAGGUGGUGAUGGCGAUCGAGGAGGAGUUCGGCAUCGAGAUCCCGGAUGCGGAGGCGGACAAGAUUCAGACGGUGUCGGACGCGAUCGAGUUCAUCUCGACUACCCCGGGGGCCAAGUGA